GGCUGCGACCUCCCAGAGCAGAGCACCGUCCACGUCGUCCUCCCUCCUUCAGGCGCCUCCUUUCAGCGGCUCGUGCAGGAGCACCGAGCUGAGGACGGAGAGGAGGAGCAGGAGCAGGGCUCUUUGACCAGGCUGGACCUCAGCUCUUCUCGACUCCCUGCCAACAGUGAGGGAGGAGAGGGCAGAGCAGAGGGGGAGAGUCUGAAGGAGGUGCAGGCUGGAGCUCACAGCAGUGUGCGUACCUGCAGUACCUUCUUCGUGUUCUGUAAGAGCUGCCGCUCCAUCGAGCCAGGAAAACUGCGAGCGCGCUGCCGACGCUGCAAACAGACGGCGCUGACGCUCAGCAGGGGUCCGUCCUGCUGGGACGACGUGCUCCUUUCCGGUCGCAUCCAUGGCAUCUGUCAGUCAGAGGGUUGUCAAGGCAACGAAGCGGAGUUUUACAUGAAGUGUGCGUCUCACCCGACGUCAGAUGAUGACCUUUCCGUGGCCCUCGACCUCAUCAUGACCAACACCAGAGGCGUGCCCUGCAUCGCCUGCACCGAUGUCAUGGGCGUGGUCCUGGUCUUCCAGUGCUCGGAGCGUCAUGUGAUCUGUCUCGACUGUUUCCAGCGUUAUUGCCAGACGCGCCUGAAUGACCGGCAGUUUGUGUACCAUCCUGUGAUUGGCUACUCGCUGCCGUGUGCAGUCGGCUGCGACGACUCUCUGAUUAAAGAAGUUCAUCAUUUCAGGAUCCUGGGAGACGAGCAGUAUGGGCGCUACCUGCAGUAUGGCGCUGAGGAGUGUCUGCUCACCACUGGAGGAAUGAUGUGUCCAUCACCUGGCUGUGGGGCGGGGCUUCUCCCACCUGAUGGCAGCAGGAAGGUGGAGUGUGACCGCCGGCUUGGCUGCGGCUUUGUCUUCUGCAGACUCUGCAGGGGAGAGUACCAUGAGGGGUUGUGUCAGGCAGUGACAGCCCCGCCCACAGGGGAAGCAGCACAGGGCUUCGUGGUCGGGGAGGAGGCGUCACUCAUGGGGAGAUGGGAGCCAGCGUCUCUGCUCGUCAUCGCCGAGUCGACCCGGCCCUGCCCAACGUGUUCGGUUCCCGUGGAGAGAAAUGGCGGCUGCAUGCACAUGCACUGCCCGCUGUGCAAGGCCGAGUGGUGCUGGCUCUGUGGAGUCCCCUGGAACAGAGAGUGUAUGGGAAACCACUGGUUCAGUUAAACGGGUCACAUCACUGCUUGCGGUCACAGAAAAGACUGUUGGUUUUAACAUGUUCUUCCUUUUUGUUGAAGCCCUUUCACAAUAAAAGUCAAAUGAAGUUUUUAGUCUGACUGACUGACUGUUUGAAUAAACAUGUGAAUCCAACAGUGGGAAAAAUGUUUAUUUUCACUCUUGGACUUUCAGGUUUUACUGUCUCCUUUGUUAAUUUGAGUAAACAUUUCUGAGUUAAAAUAUCUUCACGUGUAUGCUGAAUCGUCCAGGUAAAGAAAGUUGAUUCUGUUCAUCUGGACGUUUUCAGAUGAGAAACGUUUCAUCAUCAGGUGCUACGGUGGCCCCUAGCCACCGUAGCACCUGGCCCCAAGCACCUGGCCCCAAGAAGUACCUGGCCCCAAGCCAGGUACUUCCUGGCUUGUGUAGUUACUAGGUACCAAAGGCUGCUUGAAAUGCGGCCCUCAAACGCAUCCUUCAUUUCCCUGAAUUUUAAGGAUGGGUCGGUGUAGCCUUCAUGGCCCAACAUAUCCCAGACUUCAUAGUGCGGUGGUGGGUGUGGAUAAUUUUGCCAAAAAAAACAGUUGAAGCGGGGUGGCCGAAGAGUAAAAUUUCAAAAGUAAGUACUGAAUAUUAUGUCACUUAUUUAUGUGCAAAUGUUUAAUAAUGAAGAACAUUAAAACAUUACUGUUGG